UUGCAUAUAUAUCCCGGCUCUGACGCUAAAUCAAGUUUCUGGGAUAAGCGUCAGCAAGAUUGUACCUGUGACAAGUUUUAUUUGCAUUCUAUACACCAGUGUUGGUGGAAUCAAGGGUGUUGUGUGGACGGAUGUCAUUCAGGGAAUCGUAAUGAUCGGUUCCAUGCUCAUUGUCAUCAUAAAGGGCACUUUGGAUUUGGGUGGCUUGAGCGUUGUUCUGGAUCACAAUCGUCAGUACGAUCGUCUAGUGGGUCCAGACAUGACCUUUGAUCCAACUGCAAGAAUGGGCGUGUUUGCCUUGUUCGUCGGUGGUGCCCUGUUCAAGUUGCAGUCAAAUGGCAUAAAUCAGGCUAUAGUCCAGCGUUACCUAACUUUGCCCAAUAAUAAGGCCGUUGGGAAGGCUUUGGUUCUAUCAUUAAUUGGCUUUAUGCUCGUGAUGUUGAUGUGCGUUUAUAUUGGAAUGCUGGCAUUUGCCGAGUUCUAUCAUUGCGAUCCCAUUACAACGGGUUUAGCUCGUGCCAAGGAUCAAGUCAUACCCCUAUAUGUGGUCAAAAAUGUUGGCCAUAUUCCCGGUCUGGUUGGGCUCUUUGUAGCUGGAGUGUUCAGUGCCGCACUGAGUUCCCUUUCGACGGCUCUAAACUCCCUUUCCGGAGUGAUUCUGACGGACUUUGUGGAGCCCUUUAGGAAGAAGCCCUUGACCGAACGGCAAACCGCCUAUUUGUUGAGAGGAGUGGUCGUCUCCUUCGGCCUGAUCUCGAUGGCCAGUGUACCGAUUGUCCAGAGACUCGGCCUGGUCAUGCAGCUAUCCUCAACAGUGGCGGCCAUAACUUGUGGUCCGCUUCUUGGCGCCUUCAGUGUGGGCAUGCUACUGCCAUUUGUUAAGACGGAGAGCCUUCUCACAGGCAUCUCCUGCGCCUGUACUUAUACCGCCUACAUUGUGGUGCGAGCUCAAAUAGCCAUUUUCACAGGAGCUCUGACUUUUCCAACGAAACCCGUUUCCAUUGAAGACUGUGACUAUACAUUUGAUCUUCCUGCGAACUGGAAUGCCACGACCUCGGCAACCCCAACGGAAUCUAAAAGUCAUGGCAUUCAUGAAAUCUCAUUUUGGUGGUACACCGCAAUUGGUUCUGUGGGUACAGUACUUGCAUCUCUGCUGGCCACUGUCUAUUUUGGCAAACAGGAUCCGCUGGUGGUGGAUAAGGAACUUAUCAGCCCUGUCCUGCGGAAAUUCUGGUAUGGGAGAUACGAAAGCGUGGCCAGUGAAGAGAAAAACAAUAUUAAUCUUCGGGAAAUGAACUGAAAUUGGAGCAUUCUGGAAAGUCCUAUGGAUUAUCAUUAUAUUUUACUUGAAUCUCGUAAAUACAUUUACGCCCUUUGCAAAACCAAAACGUUGUAGUUUCUUCUUAGUUUUUAGAAUCCGUUGUGUACUUUAUC